GGAGGAGGUGUCCGGGGCGGUGCGCACGGGCCCGCCCGCACCUGCUCCCUGCGCCGCCACCUCCUCCUCCUCCUCACCCACCUGCCCGCGCUCGGCAGCAGCAGCCACCGCAGCAACAUGUUGCCGAGGGGAGCCUCGUCCGUGCCGCCCCCUCCCAACCCCGCUGCCUACUUCCCACCACCCCGGGUCACUCUGCCCUCCGGCCUGGAGAUCCUGCGCACCUACUCGGGAGCCGUCAUCUUCCUGGAGAUCCUGUUUGGAACGAUAGUCUGGAUUUUGGUCGCUUCUACCCGAGUUCCACUGCCACUGCUGCAGGGAUGGGUGAUGUUUGUAGCGGUCACUGCGUGGUUCCUGUCCAUUGUGUUCCUCUGUGUGUUCCUCUUCGGUUAUGCAAAUAGAAUUGCUGUCAACUGGAACCAAACGGAUUUUCUUUUCCAUGGGGCUACAUUUGUCUUUUAUUUUGGAGCUUUUGUACUGCAAGCAGCAACUACAUCUCUGCAUCACUUUCCUCGCGGAUUCAAUUCCACCACACAAGAGAAGAUUCUAGCUGAUCAUGAAUAUAACAUAAGCAUAGCAGCCUCGAUUUUUGCCUUUGCAACAGCCGUUUGUUAUGGUUGCAGCACAGCCCUGGCAUUAAGGAGAUGGAGGCUAUAGCAGUUGAAGAAAGGUUAAUGCCCGAGUGUUCCACUUCGUAUCAAAUUAAGUGCUACUUGUCUAUUUGCUGUAAUCUAAUUCCAAAAAGACUUUUUUUUUUUUCCCUUAAAAUCUGUUUUAAAGUGCUGAAAUGCAAAUAAGCCCUAAUCAGGUUUUCCUUAACAGAAGACAAGUUUCCAUCUUCCCUUUCUAGUUUUUACCUUUAUCAUGUGCUCAUUAGAAGCAUACUCAUCGUAUGGUGUUAGAGUUCAGGGAUAAGCAGGUGUGUUGUUAGCGGAUGACAGAAUUCUAGUGCUAAAUCAGAAGAGGAAGAAAAUGGAAACUAAACAAACAUGUUAACUGCACAGGCAGCUGGAGAGCUCCCCCUUGUUGAGUCCUGGGGUUGGGCCUGAAGGGGUUUGCAGUGAAUUCCACGCAGGUGGAGGCUCCGUGUAGAGUCACAGGGUUUCUGUGUGCUGCUGUUUGCAUGAUCAGAGCCCAAGCUGACUUGGUGAUACCAACUUAGUAUACAUAUUAUUGACUUUGAUGUACAGAGAAAAUGUUUUAAAAAGCUAUCCAGUUAAAUCUUUUGAUACUCUUUUAUAACUGUAUGCAGCUGUGGUGAUCUGAUCCUUGAAGCUCACUGUAUUCCUUAGGAGAUGGAAACUAUUUGGGACUGUCAAUCAGUAGUUCAUUACUUUUAGAAAUUUAGUUUAAUCAGAUCUAUUUAUUCUGCAAGACAGUGCAUUUGUGUUGUGUGUGUAUAUACAUGGUAUAUUUUUGUUCAACAGGAAUAUUUGCACUGUUUUGCUUUGUUGGAGUACAGCUUUGUUUUUGUUACUUCAAGUGCUGCAUUUGUUACUUAUUAUGUGAGUCAAUAUCAUUUGAAUGGAAUGUUACCAAGUGGUGAAUAAUGUCUGACCUCAAUUCUUGCACUGUGCUAUUUGUUGCAUUCUGAACCUGCGGUGUAGUAAAGGUGUUUUUAUUUGGAUAGAUGCCUAUGCAACAUCUUAUUGAAAGCAGUGGAAUGCAAAGCGAUCCGCCCACUAUGGAGCUUGCUUUUCGCACAAAUGAAGUUUAAUCCAGUGUAUCUUGAAUAUCCCAGUUGUUUAAUGAUACGCGGUAUUAUAGAUAGAAAAUUAAUUUAACAAAACUAAACUAUAGCAUUACGCUCUGCUCCCUGACGUUCGUGCCAUUUUACAGAUGGUGAAACUUUUUAUAAUGCUAGUAAAUAGUAUCUGUUCAUUCGAAUAGUGCCAAAUUGAUGGCCUGGGAGAAUAAAGGCUCCUUGUCAUUUGUAGAACAACUUGCUCACCACACCUGGCCAGCGCACCUGAGUGCUCUGCAGAGACUGCGGUGGCUGGGUAAGGGAAGACAGGACCUUCUCCAUAACCAGGCCUGCUCGUUCUCUGCUGGGAAGGUGACUUUACCAAACUUGUCAGGCGCAAGGACGUCCGGGAGGCAGCCACCCGCCCUCAGCAGUGCCCCGCGGUCCCCGCUGACCCAGGGCGGGUUCUUGCGGGUGACACAGCGGAGAGUGGCAGCCCUGCUGGGACCGCUCGGUCGUCCUGAAUUACUGCAGUGGGGUGUUGUCAUGCAUCUUGUUUUCUGAAAUUUGUAUCUCCCAAAGAUUUUGUACUCUGGUUGAUUAUUUUUUUUCUAAUUCUUUACUUGCAUUGAAACUUGUUUUGUGAAUGUUUCAUCUAGAGCCAUAUACUUUUAAAAAUACUUAAUAUUGUAUAAAAUACAUUUACACUGGAGUAUAUGGAUUAAAGUAUAUAACAAAGACUUAUGCUAAGUAGCAUUAAAGUUACUUAAUAUA